AAUCAUUGUAGGCACACUAACACUGAUCUGCAACACAAAAGCAUACACCUUCUCAGUUUGUGUAUUUUAAAUGACAUGAAUUCUUUCAGGUUGAAAUUAUUUGGCAAAUUGGUGUAAAUGUAAAUAAUAAUGUUGUUUCGUUACUGUACCUUGGUGUAUUUCAGAAGCGUCUGUAGAGCUGUAUUUCUACCACUGAAGAUGGCAACCCCCGUCAUUCGAGUGAUCAACCCUGAGGCCCCAGCAAGUCGUCAACAGGCUGUGUUGGUGGCAACCAAGGAGUCCCGUACCUAUCGGGGAAAAAAGCUCUUCUUCCCCAAUCCUCCACAGGAGCUGCUGAACCAGGCCACUGCCCUGGCCCAUGCACAGACGCUCCUUCGAGCAGAGGGCAUCCCUGCGCCAUCACGCCAGAUGUGCCUUGGAAAGCUGGUGGUGCCGUUUGGGCAGUAUAUGAACGCACCACUCCACUGGAUUGUGGAAAAUGAUGUGGGCUACAUGAAGUACAACUGCAGGCCACCACUUCCAAAUGUGAUGCUCCUGAAUGGCCAGGCAAUGAGGUGGAACUUGUGGCUGCAAGCCAGUCUGUGGAAGAGUCGGACAAGUCGCAAGACUUCAAGGGAUUAUUUAGUCAGCCUCUGCGAUCCCAAUUCCCGGGUGAACCCGCUGUCCGACCCAAGAAGCCUGCCACCGCUGUCCGUUCUCAGCAGCCUGCCACCGCUGUCCGUUCUCAGCAGCCUGCCACCGCUGUCCGUUCUCAGCAGCCUGUUUUUUAAAUAUGCAGAGCUGGAGGGUUGGGUGCGUCUCUGGGAAGACCCCAAUGGCAUCCCAUCUGCCGACAUCUCCUGGGUGAAGGAGGAUGCCGAGAGAGGGCUGUUCACCCCUGUUCAGACCUUCAAGGACAUCACCGGUCUCCUGAAAAAGCGGCGGCGGUGGUGUGCCAAGUCCACAGCUCUUUUUCAGGAGCCUGGCUUCCUUCGGCGCCCUGUCGGAGUGUGGAGGUACUCCCUGAAGUGUCCUCAAGGGGAUGGUUGCGUGGGGGCCGGACGAAAUGUGCACCUGUACAAGUCAGGCUACCACACCCGGGUGCGUCACAUCUGUGAUGUAUCCGACUGGUACUCCUUGCUGACCGAGGUCCUGUGCUGCGGACCCUGCACAAAGGCAGCCAGGAGUGGAGAAGGUGGCACAGUGGGACGGUGGCUUGCGUGGGACUCUGCUAUUGUAACGCAACUUAGCGAGGCUCACCAAGCCAUGUUCCCUGCCAUCCUUACCAGCAAGUAA